UUUCAAUCCAACUUUUUUCAACAUUGAACCAUCUAAUUUAACUGCAAAUCAACUAGGUCAACUAAAUGUCACUAUAGUAAUUGAAUUUUUAUCUUAUGAAAUGCACAACAUUGAUACAUGCUUAUGUUCAAUUUGCACUGUUCUGCUAUAGAUAUUGGCAUCUACUAAUUUCCAAUACGGAUAUAAACCUCUAGGAUUUUGUAUGUCUCAAAGUUAUUUAUGAGAUCUAUAUAAUGCUUGAAGCAAGGACAAUUUAUUAUGGCUCCAUAACAUCCACAAUCCUUUUCGAAAUUCUUCUUAUAAGGAGUUACAAUGUUAUAAUAUUAUGUGUUGAUGACUGGACUUAAUGCACCUAUAUCGGUUUCGAUUAAUAAUGUUAGUUUCUUCAAGGAUUUUUUAAUUUGUAUACUAUCUGUACCUUUCAAAGAUAUUUAGAAAUUGUUUCUAUGUAAAAACGUAAGCCUAUAUUCUGUUUGCAUAAUUCAAAUACAAGUUGUCUUUGUUGCUUUCUCAAUCAAAGUAAUCAUAUUUUUGUGCCAUUGAUGCAAUGCCUCUUACAUACAACAUUUUAAAGCAAGUACUGUAAAGUUAUUUAACUUUAAAUGAUGACUCUAGUUCAAUAUCAUAGAAAUGUUUAAGAACUUUGUAACGCUUUAACGAUGUUGAUGACUUACUAAAGAUUGUUUUGA